AUGGUUUCCAAACUGAGCCCGCUGCAGACAGAGCUCCUGACGGCUCUGCUUGAGUCGGGCCUGAGCAAGGAGGCGCUGAUCCAGGCGUUGGGCGAGCCGGGGCCCUACCUGCUGGCCGGAGGGGACGUCCCCCUGGACAAGGGGGAGGCCUGUAGCAGUGGCCGAGGGGAGCUGGUCGAGCUGCCCAAUGGGCUGGGGGAGACAAGGGGCUCCGAGGACGAGACCGACGACGACGGGGAAGACUUCACGCCGCCCAUCCUCAAAGAGCUGGAGAACCUCAGCCCCGAGGAGGCGGCCCACCAGAAAGCCGUGGUGGAGACUCUUCUGCAGGAGGAUCCAUGGCGUGUGGCGAAGAUGGUCAAGUCCUACUUGCAGCAGCACAACAUCCCGCAGCGGGAGGUGGUCGACACCACUGGCCUCAACCAGUCCCACCUGUCCCAGCACCUCAACAAGGGCACCCCCAUGAAGACGCAGAAGCGAGCUGCCCUGUACACCUGGUACGUCCGCAAGCAGCGAGAGGUGGCCCAGCAGUUCACCCAUGCAGGACAGGGUGGGCUGAUUGAAGAGCCCACAGGUGAUGAGCUGCCAACCAAGAAGGGGCGGAGGAACAGAUUCAAGUGGGGUCCAGCAUCCCAGCAGAUCCUGUUCCAGGCCUACGAGAGGCAGAAGAACCCCAGCAAGGAGGAGCGAGAAGCGUUGGUGGAGGAGUGCAAUAGGGCGGAGUGCAUCCAGAGGGGGGUGUCACCAUCACAGGCACAGGGGCUGGGCUCCAACCUGGUCACGGAGGUGCGUGUCUACAACUGGUUUGCCAACCGGCGCAAGGAAGAAGCCUUUCGGCACAAGCUGGCCAUGGACACAUACAGUGGGCCUCCGCCGGGGCCAGGCCCGGGGUCUGCACUGCCUUCCCACAGCUCCCCUGGCCUGCCCCCACCUGCCCUCUCCCCCAGUAAGGUCCAUGGUGUGCGCUAUGGACAGCCUGCAACGAGUGAGGGGGCAGAGGCGCCCUCGAGCAGUGGCGGUCCCUUGGUGACAGUGUCCGCACCCCUGCACCAAGUGUCCCCCACGGGCCUGGAGCCCAGCCACAGCCUGCUCAGUACUGAAGCCAAGCUGGUCUCAGCAACUGGGGGCCCCCUGCCCCCUGUCAGCACCCUGACAGCACUGCACAGCCUGGAGCAGACGUCCCCAGGCCUCAACCAGCAGCCCCAGAACCUCAUUAUGGCCUCGCUUCCCGGGGUCAUGGCCAUCGGGCCUGGUGAGCCUGCCACCCUGGGCUCCACGUUCACCAACACGGGGGCCUCCACCCUGGUCAUUGGUCUGGCCUCCACUCAGGCCCAGAGUGUGCCCGUCAUCAACAGCAUGGGCAGCAGCCUCACCACCCUGCAGCCGGUGCAGUUCUCCCAGCCACUGCACCCAUCCUACCAGCAGCCACUCAUGCCCCCCGUGCAGAGCCACGUGGCCCAGAGCCCCUUCAUGGCCACCAUGGCCCAGCUGCAGAGCCCCCAUGCGCUCUACAGCCACAAGCCCGAGGUGGCCCAGUACACACACACGGGCCUGCUGCCCCAGACCAUGCUCAUCACCGACACCAACCUGAGCGCGCUCGCCAGCCUCACGCCCACCAAGCAGGUCUUCACCUCAGACACCGAGGCCUCCAGUGAGUCUGGGCUUCACACGCCGGCCUCCCAGGCCACCACCAUCCCCAUCCCCAGCCAGGACCCUGCCAGCAUCCAGCACCUGCAGCCUGCCCACCGGCUCAGCGCCAGCCCCACGGUGUCCUCUAGCAGCUUGGUGUUGUACCAGAGCUCUGACUCCACCAAUGGCCACAGCCACCUGCUGCCGUCCAACCACAGCGUCAUCGAGACCUUCAUCUCCUCGCAGAUGGCCUCUUCCUCCCAGUAA